GGGCGAGCUGCGCACCAUUGACCGUGUCCGUGCUUCUUUUUUCGUCUGCUCGUGGCCGCCGGUUGUUGCCGACCACGACCGCAGCGGGACGGUGUGGAGUGCGCGCGUCUUUUCUUUAUUGUUGCGCUACCGUCCACAUUUGUUGCUACGCAUUGUUGCAAGCAUUCGUAUCGCGUAUCUCUGCCGCGUUCGGCCUCGUAUUUGCCGCCGCUGCCGCCGCCGCCGCCGUCGCUCCCUUCUUCACCUUCUCCUGCGCCUCCGUAAAUCCGCGUAACAUCACAACGAGACUCACGAUCGCGCGAUCACUCUCUCUCUCUCUCUCUCUCUCUCUCUCUCUCUUUCUCUUUCCCGACUCGAAUCACAAUCGAGUGUAAUCGCCUUGGUAAAUGAUCUCGCGCAUCGCCAUUGUUCCGCGAUUGUCUCGGGCCCGACUUGCGAGGGAAAAAGAGCGCGGCAUUCGCGACGAGCCUGCGCUCAUUAACAUCCGCUCUUGGUCUCGGCGAAGCCGUCGUCGCGCCCUCGGAGACUCCCGCGACAAUCAAAAGACUCGGCUGUCGAAGUUACAAUGGUGCUACUCGUCUGGAGAUCGGUUGCAAGCAUCGCCGCCUCCUCGUCGACGCAGCGCGCGCGACGCAGCGGUCUUCUGUAGAUUUCCGCGAUUUCCCGUUUCCCGAGGCCUCGCUGUCUUUUAUGCAUCUCACGCGACGACGACGACGACGACGACGACGCUCAUCGCUCGGUAUCGGAUCGCCCGUCGCUGCUGAUCGCUCGUUAUUGCGCAACGCGCGACACGGCAGAUUAAAAGCGCGCACGGAGAGAAACGUAAGAGCGGGCCGGCCGACGACGAGACCAGGCUCGAGUGAAUUUAGAAAAGCACGUGCGGUUGCGGAACUGCUCACGCAUCGUAUGUAGCCGACGGCUGCCGGGCUGCGCAUCUUCCCGAUGGAUCCGAUCAUGCUAGAGAACGCCAACGAGAUCGGGGCGCAACCGCAGCAGUCGCAUCAACAGCAGCAGCAGCAGCAACAGCAGCAGCAGCAGCAACAACAGCAACAUCAACAGCAAUACGGGGAGGUGAAUCAAUUGGGCGGCGUGUUCGUGAACGGCAGGCCGCUCCCCAACGCCGUCCGAUUGCGAAUAGUCGAGCUCGCGCAGCUCGGCAUCCGACCGUGCGACAUAUCGCGACAGCUUCGCGUUAGUCACGGCUGCGUCAGUAAGAUACUGGCGCGCUAUCACGAGACGGGUAGCAUCUUGCCAGGCGCGAUCGGCGGCAGCAAGCCGCGCGUCACCACGCCGAAAGUCGUGCAAUACAUCAAGCAGCUGAAGCUGAAGGACCCGGGGAUCUUCGCCUGGGAGAUCAGGGACCGGCUGCUGUCCGAUGGCGUUUGCGACAAGUACAACGUACCGUCGGUGUCCAGCAUCUCGAGAAUACUGCGGAACAAGGUCGGCGCCACCACGACCAUGCAUCACCAUCCGCACCAUCAUCCGGCGCACCAUCAUCAUCAUCAUCUGUACGCGGCCGCCGCGGCGGCCGGCGCGGCCAUUUGUCCGGUGCCGUAUCCGCCGGCGGUGCCGUACCAUCCGACGGCGCCGCCUUCCGUCACGCAUCACCAUCACCAUCAUCAUCAUCAUCCAGUUGGAGCGUCGGUAGCAGCGGGCAAACUGUCGCCGCCGUCACCACCUCCGGCGAUUCACGCCAGCGGCGGACACCAGACGACGGCCAACAACGCUCUGCAGUGGCCGAGUCCUCACACGGUGCACGAUAUCCUGGCCAACAGCUGCAACAUACAGACCUCCUCGUCCUCGUCCUCGCCGACCUCGCCGCUGUGCCCUGCGAUCAGUAAUAAUAAUCAUCAUCAUCACAAUCAUCAUCCAAACGACAAUCCCGGCAGCAACAGUAGCAACAACAACAACAACGGCAACGGCGGCGGCGGCGGCAACAACAACAACAACAACAACAACAACAACGAUCAAACGACGUCGAGCGGUUACCUGCAUCCGCAUCACCCUCAUCUGGCGCAUCACCAUCACCAACAGUAUUACGCCUCGGCGCUGUAUCACCAUCAUCAUCAUCAUUCGGAGAGCAUGGCGGCGGCCACUAUAUCAUCCACGCUCUCUGUACAGUCCAUUAUGCUGCAGUCCUCGGGAGCGACGAGUCAGCCGGCUAGUCCUUGUAAUUAGGGGAGGCGACCGGGAGUUGCUUAGCGAAAUUGCGACCCUGAUGAGAAACCAAAUAAUUGACGAUACGUAUGCUCUGCGACGUGAAACGAGGAGUCUAUUUAAUCUAUAUUUGCACGACGUGUUAACGACGCGCUGGUGAUGAUAACACGUCGUCUUCGUGUAAUUGUGAUUGAAGCACAACUGUAACAAGUUAGUCGACCCAACGUUUAACGAACAGCGAAGACACGAGAGAGAAACGAUUUUCUACCGUUCUACAAGAAUUGUAAAUAAAAAUAUUAAUAUUUUAACGAAUAAUACAUAUUAACGAAGUGCCUCCCACGUGCCUCCUGUAAUAACAUAAAAAUCGUAAAGUUCUGUUCUGCGUGUGCGUAAUAUAUUCGAAGAGUGACUGUGUAAUUAUAGUUCGUAAGGCCGCUAGAAAUAAUUGUACUCGAUAGUUCGUUAAUAUUCGCGUGCGAGUAGCCUGUUAUUUCCCCUUUUUUUUUCUUUUUUAAUCUACGUAUUCUUGAGAAAUUCGUGAAGCUUAUGACGGCAUUUCCGACUUCCACAAGACUCGUUCGUUUUGUACCGACGUAAGAAGACACAUCGUGUAACUGUACACGAUAUAAUUGUUAACUAUGUUACAUUGAUAGUAUAUCUAAAUUGAUAUUUCUUUUU